CAAGCCGUCUCGCUUCUCGCCUCCGCAUCCAGCUGCCACCUCGGCGCCACGCUCCGCCAUGGCCAGCCUGACGCCGACGCGUCCCAGUGCCGGCGCUCGCGCCUUCGACGCGGCCCGCUCGCCCAGCGGCAGUGCGUACGGCAGUCUCCGUGGCUCACCGCGACUCUCGCGCCCUUCUCUCUCGCCGAGCAGCAGCCGCGGCAGCGAGCCUCUCCUCGUGCCUUUGCAUGCACACGACGUGCUUCCCUCGCGCACGCUCGUCGUGCUGCUGCGCUCGGCGGGCAAGGUGCACCGCCUGCAGAUCCUCGCGCGCGCACGCGCCGCUGGCCUCGCCGUGCUCGCCGAGCGCGCGGAACGCUGGCAUGCCCAAGACGCAGACUUUCUCGAUGCCUUCCUCGCGGCCGAGACGGCCGAGGCUCGCGCGACGUGGAGCAGGCGCAUGACGGCCGGCGAACUGCGCGUCGUCGUCUUCGAAGGUGCGCAUGCGGCGCAGGUGUGGCAGCACUUGCUAGGCUGCGAUCGCGAGCUGGACUCGCGCGACGCCUGCAGAGAGGAGGAAGAGCAGCGUAGAGAGACGUUGAGACGCACAUAUGGCGACGCGGCGCUCUACGGAAGCAUCGACGGCGAGGCAGCAGAACGCCAGAUCGCCAUUUGCUUUCCCGAGCUGGCGCGGCCAGGAGAGCUCGAGAAGAUUGCGGCUGAAGCCAGAGACGAUCACUUCGACGUGGCGGAGCAAGACACCCAUGCUGAGCUGCGCGCUCUUUCGAGCGCCCAUCUGCGUAAGGCCUCAGCGGAGCGCGACAACGACUCCUGCCCCAUCUUCUCUCAAGUGCCGAUCGACGUGCCCGAUCUCGACUCUGCGGCACCGUCACGCAUGCCAUCGCACGCCAACCUACGCAGCGAUGGCAUGCAAUACGCCGUCGAUUCCGAGUCUGUCGAGGUACUCCUCAGUUCUCCGCCUCGCCGUCAUCACGCGCCCUCCUCUCCGCGUGCACCGAGCGACGUGACGACCUGCAGCGUCACUUCUUCACACUCUGCCGAGCUGGAAGUCCCGAUUCGUCGUCGCAGCUCAGCUCUCGCAAAGUCAGACACUUCUUCGACUAGCUCUGCCUUUCGCGCGCGACCUUUACCGUCUUCAACGCACGCGCCGAUGAGACAGCCUCGUCUUUCUCGCGCUGCUGCGUUGCGCAUGGGCGUAGAGCUGCCCGCUGCGCCAGUGCGCACUACAAGCGAGGAUCGCCUCUCUACUUCCUCGUCCGGCGAGCUGGGCAUUUCGGGUCUCGCUCGCGCCGAAGUCGCACCGCCCCGCAGCAUCGCCGCACCGAGCAUGGCACCGCGGAUGAAUCGUGCCGCAGCCAUUCGUGCCGGUCUCGACGUGCCUGCUGCUGCACCUCGGCCACGCCGCUCUUCGGCCGUGCCAGCCACGCCAAACGAUCCGAGCAUCGGCAUCAGCGGUCUUCGUCGCGCAGAGGUAGAGGCGCCUGCGAGCAUCGCCAAGCCCACGCUCGCACCUCGCAUGAAUCGAGCAGCUGCUAUCCGCGCAGGUGUAGAGCUGCCGCCUUCGGCUGCAGCACGCAGAGCUGCUGCUGCUGCGAUGGCCGACAAGACUGAGCCGCAAGCAGACGUAGGCAUCAGCGGCCUCAAACGCGCCGAGCCGACAAAAGUCAAGGCGCUCCAAGCGCCCUCAGUGGCUCCGCGCGGUAACCGAGCCAGUAUGGCGCGCGCCGCUGCUCCGCUUCUCGAGGCAACCGCGCCAGCCUCGCCCGCCAAGCAACGCACGCACAGUCGUGCCUCUGCUUCCCUCUCCUUCCCCGCUCGCUCUACGUCUCGCGCAGAAGGCAUCCUGGCACCUCGCCGCGACAACGUCACGCCUCAGCCGAACGAAGAGGCCGAGGCGCCGGCGAAGGUCAGACGGGAGGUGGACUUCAGCAGCACGCCUGGCCAUCGUCGCAAGAGCCUGAGCAUUUCGGGCCUCAAGUCUCUCGCUCCUCCGGCCAUUGCUCCGCGCUCCAACACGGCUGCUCAGCGGCGUCUCAGCAUUGGCUCUGCCUCUGCCGUGGCGGUUGCGGCGCCGAGCAAGAGACCGGAAAGUGCGGCUGCUGCCAGACGACCAGGAAGCGCCCUCGCAAAGACGACGCAGCCGAACCGGCCGACCUCGGCGCUAGCUCAGCCACAUCAGGACGAGCCGAGCAGACCGGCGAGAGUUCGAGGCACGGCUCCGCCUAGCGCGUAUCGGCACGUCUUCUAG